AUGUCCACCGUCGACUUCGAGACCGCCGUAAAGCAGGAAGAGGAGUACCUUCGCAGAGUGCAUCCCACCGCGGAUGACAUACCGGGCUGCAUGAAGCUUUUCGACGACUUUCUGUCUUGCAACAUCGUAGGGUCGCAGGUCAAGUCGCUGUAUCGCUAUGGCCAGAUGUCCGGCUGCAGCCCUAAGCUCGAGGAUUUCAAGUUCUGUAUGAGCAUCAAAGGCCUUCACCCGGAGCGGAAGCGCGACAUGUGGAUCCGCCGUCGCGCAGAGUGGUGGGCGGCGCGGAGGCUGGGGAAGAGCAGCGAGGACGUGUGGGACAUCCGGACUGAACCAUUGCAGAAUUUCCCCCCAGCGAGGCCUGCUGUUGCCUCUGUCUCUGAUAAUACCAUUGAGUGA